AAGCAGUUGGAAGUGAGAAAUCGAAAUCGAAAUCGAAAAUCAAAAAUCAAAAUGCCUGUGAUGGAGAAGCUCAAGAUGUUCGUUGUUCAAGAACCAGUUGUCGCUGCUUCAUGUCUCAUCGCCGGCUUUGGUUUUUUUCUUCCUGCUGUUGUAAGGCCUAUUCUGGACUCAUAUCAAACAACCGAGCAUCCUCCUCAACCUGCUUUGAGUGAUGUGGUUAAAGGUAUGGCAGGUCAAAAGUAAGCUGAUUUACUUGAGAUACAAGUGAAUAAUUGCCAGCUCCUCUGCUUGAACUUUUUUUCUUCUCAUUCUGUGAGUAA